AUGGGAGGAGUUGGGGAGCUUUUUGCAGGUGCUGCUGUAGGAGCAUUGUUUACUGUACUGUAUGAGGUUGUUAAGGAUGUCAAGGACAAGACUAUGAUGUUUAGAGAGCUUCUCGGAGAUCUUGAUUCCACGCUAGAAGCGUUAAAGCCGCUGAUCAAAGACAUAGCCAAGUACAAAGAGGUGUUGGAUCAAUCAAACAAGGAAGUAGAAAAAAUUGGGAAACAAAUGGCGAAUGGGGACGAGCUAGUUCUCAAGUGCUACAAACUUAACUGGUGGAAAGGCUUCAAAAAGUAUAAAUACGCCAAGCAACUUCUCGAUUUGGACAAGUGUCUAAACAGGUUGUUGACGGUACUGACUGUGGAGGGAAUAAGGAACGGGUUCGAGAACUUGGCUGUUUCGAGGGAGACCUUGGCUGUGUCGAAGGAGACCUUGACUACUGUCCAGAAAAAGGUUGGAUUGGAUGAGCCUUUGAGGGAUUUGAAGGAGAUGCUUCUUAAGGACGAUGUCUCAAUGUUAGUGCUGACUGCUACCGGAGGAUGCGGGAAAACCACAUUGGCAAUGAAAUUCUGUCAAGAUGAGGAAGUCAAAGAUAAAUUCAAGAAAAAUAUCUUCUUCGUCACCGUUUCUAAAGAGCCCAACUUAGAUGUUGUAGAAGAGCUAUAUCAACACAUGAAGUCUCAGGAAGCAACACAAGAUCCUAUACUGUUGGUCCUGGAUGAUGUUUGGUUCAAAUCCAAAUUUCUUCUUCAGCAGUUUGAUGAAUUGAAAUCGCGAAAUUGCAAGAUCUUGGUGACAUCGAGAUCUGAAUUUCCAGGAUUUGGCACUCCGUAUAAUCUCAAAGCUUUGAAUGAUGAAGAUUCAAUGACUCUUUUGCAUCAUUCAGCAUCCCUGGGAGAUAGCUCGUCUGUUCCAGAAGAUCUUCUGAGAAAGAUACUAAAGCACUGUAAGGGAGUGCCCCUUGCCAUUACAGUGACCGGGAAAUCACUUCGCGGAAAAGCUACAGAAUUCUGGCGUUCAAGACUAGCAGACUGGUCAAAAGGUUCUAUUCUUGAUUCUGAGACUGAGUUGCUUCUUCGCCUUCAAAGUAGCAUAGAUGCCUUAGAUGAAAAAGAGGUUAUCAUCAGGGAAUGUUUCACAGACCUUGUUUCAUUUCCUGAAGAUCAAAGAAUCUCUGCUGCUGCUUUCAUUGAUAUGUGGGCAGAGUUAUAUAAGCUAGAUGAGGACUUUCUGUCCAUUAAGAACCUCCACGAACUUGCCCGCAGAGGUCUGGCAAAUCUUGUGAUCACUAGGAAGGAGAAUAUAGAGAUUAUGGAUGACUACUACAUCGAACACUUUGUUAGCCAGCAUGAUAUGCUGAGAGAGCUGGCUAUCUACAAUGCAAAACUAGACCCAAUAGAAGAAAGAAAAAGACUGAUUGUCGUAAGUGGACACAAUCAACCCAAGUGGUUGAUGGAGCAGAAGUCUCAACCCAUCAAUGCUCGCCUAUUGUCUAUCUCCUCUGAUGGAAUAUUCCCAACACAAUGGCAGAGUGUUCAUCUACCACAUGUUGAGGUUCUAGUUUUGAAUUUUAAGACAGUGAACAAUGCCUUACCUGAAUUUGUGCAGAAAAUUGACAAACUGAAGGUUCUAAUAGUCACAAACUAUGGUUUAUUGCCUACUGAAUUGAGUAAUUUUGAUAUUCUGGAAUCAUUAUCAAAUCUGAAGAGAAUCAGAUUAGAGCGCAUUUCAAUUCAUUCCAUAACCAAGAACUUCGUACCAUUGAAGAGUCUAAAGAAGAUAUCUUUGUUCAUGUGUAACAUGAGUCAAGCUUUCCACAAUUGUUCCAUCAAAAUUUCAGAGGCCUGGCCAGGUUUAGAGGAAAUGAAUAUCGACUAUUGCCAUGAUUUGGUGGAACUGCCUGCCGAGCUUUGUGAUCUUGUUCAUAUGAAGAUGCUCAGUAUCACCAACUGCCAUAAGCUAUCUGCCUUGCCUGAAGAGAUCGGAAAGCUGGAGAAUUUGGAUGUACUGAGACUAAGGUCCUGUACAGACUUGGUAAGGCUUCCGGUCUCGAUUGAGAACCUCACUAAGUUGUGCUGUCUUGACAUGUAUGAUUGUUUGGGCAUUAGGAAGUUGCCUGAAGGCAUUGGUAAUAUGAGCGGUUUAAGAAAGAUCAACAUGGGACAAUGCUCAAGUUUGGAAGAGUUGCCUCUAUCAGUGUGGGAUCUUGACGAGCAGUUAGAAGAAGUGAUUUGUGAUGAAGAGAAGAAACAUUUGUGGGAAUCCUUCUUAGCCAGAGACAAAAUCAAGGUGGCAAAAGAAAAAACCAAUCUGAAUUGGCUCGAAAAGCCUCAGUUGUGAGACCUGUCUUUCCUCAAUAAAUGAUGGAGCAACGUCUUUCUGAUUGUGUUGCAUUGUUUUCUUUAGCUUUCAUCUUCUUGUUUGAUUUUUCUUGUUUGAUUUCGUUCUUUGGUUCUGUUCAAUUUCUCUGUUUCAUCACAUCAGUUUGUAAGACUAUUUAUUCAUAACAGCUCUGAGAAAGUACAGCCAUGGAUGCUUCGAAACUAA